AUGCUUGGAAUUCCAUUCCUAGACGAUGCUAUAUUUAAAUUGUUUAAACCUCAAGCCUUUGACGAUCCAGUUGAUAGGCUUAAUUAUUUUGUUACGUCUUCAUUGCUGACAUUUUUUGCUUUAAUGGUUUCUGCUAAACAAUAUGUUGGAAGUCCAAUUCAAUGUUGGAUGCCUAUGGAAUUUAAAGGAGGUUGGGAACAAUAUGCAGAAGAUUACUGCUUUAUUCAAAAUACUUAUUAUGUUGCACCGGAAGAAGAAAUACCUGCUGAGGUGACAGAACGGGAUGAACGACAAUUUGGUUAUUAUCAGGUAAUUAUUUUGUGUUAUUAUUAUUUUUAA